UCGCUUAAAUUAGUUCUUUGUUGAUGUGUUCUUUUGUACAAAAGUUGGUUUUUGUAUUGUGUGUGUCAUAAAAUGCCACCAAAAUUAACAGUGUCCCAAAAUGUGAUUAAUAGGUUAAAAAGUGUACGUGAGACUUCAAAGGGAAAUCUUUACGGAGUAUUACACAAAAACACACUCCUCAUCGUUGGCGUCAGCAUCUACGAUGAUCCUCAAGAUUCCGACAUGAUAAAUGCAUUGCCGACUGGAAUUGAUAUUUACGGUGUUGUCAUUUCUGGAGAGACUAAAAUUGGGGAAGAGGAAGUGAAACGUAUUACGAGCGACGUCGACGUUACAGACACUCCCCUUUACAUGUCUUGUGUAAUCGGGACAGCGCAAAAUACUAUCGAAACGUUCUUCAAUGUAAAUAAUCAACUGGAAAAGACGAGUUACGAAGUAAUCUCCGACAAGGAGAUUUACACACAAUUUGUUCACAUUCGUGUCAUGACAGAGCUACCUUUCGUCUCUGGAAUAUCGCCCGAGAUUAUCAAAGAUAGUUUUUCCAAUUUGCGCAAACAUCUCAUUAACGGGCAAGUUGUUUUUAAUAUUCCAAAUACGAACGUUUAUUUAAUGGGUGAUGAAUGUGAAGAGAAUGGACUGGUUGGACUAACGGGCGAGCCCACGGUGGGCGAGGUGUGUAAAAAUUCGCUAGGUGAAGGUGGCCUUAAAAAGAAGAAGACUGAUUUAGUUGACAUGGAUUUUCUUAGAAUGGUUAUGAUGAAGAAAGUAACUAGGGCGGCGAGCGCCGACUUCAAGAUACACACUCCGGUGGUACACAUUGAUAAAUGUUUUUCGGAAAUGGUAAAAGUCAAUCUAAAAGUCGACACACUUGUUGUCGUGCACAAACAUAAAAAGCUAGUCGCGUUGUAUUCGAUACUUGUCGAAAGCUGCUGCCGAUUUCUGAGGCAUUUGGAAGGAAUUAUGGUAAACAAUGUAAUAAUGUGCGAUGGUGACAACUCCUCUAUUUCACCACUGGAGACUUACCAUUUCUUUCCUGAACCGUGCGGGCAUUUUAUUACAAGAACUUUCAUUAAAAAUGAAAAUGCAGAGUUGAGAGCAAAGGCGAGAAGGCUACUUCACAAGCGUUUAUUGCUACCAGUAAAUCAACCAUUGUUCAGGGUGGGCAACCGAUUUGUUUUUGAAGGAGACGCGCAGGGAGCGGGACUGUUGAUCAAUCCUCAUGAGAGUUUAAAUUCUGUGAAAAAUGGAGGGGAAAUCGUUUUGGUUAAAGGAAAGUACAGGUACUACCAUUACUGUCAGAACAACAUGGACGACAACGGCUGGGGAUGCGCCUAUCGUUCGCUGCAAACGUUAGCCUCUUGGUUAUUACUUCAGGGAUAUACAGAUACAGAAGUACCGACGUUUCACGACAUUCAGAAGUGUCUAGUAGACAUUGGCGAUAAACCUUCCAGUUUUGUAGGCUCAAAACAGUGGAUCGGUUCGACCGAAGUCAAUUUCGUUCUAAAUUCGUUACUUAAUGUAACAUGCAAAAUUUUGUACGUCAGUUCGGGCGAGGAUAUGGCUAGUAAAGGACCAGAAUUAGUUUAUCAUUUCAAACACCAUGGCUCACCCAUAAUGAUUGGGGGUGGCGUUCUUGCACACACCAUAUUAGGCGUUGAUUAUAAUAAUUUAACUGGCGAAAUCAAGUUUCUUAUUUUGGAUCCACAUUACACCGGUUCUGAAGAUUUGGACAUCAUAUUGAAGAAGGGAUGGUGUGGAUGGAAAGGUGCCAAAUUUUGGGAUAAAACAGCAUACUAUAACAUGUGCCUACCGCAGGUUCCGUCUUGCGUCUAAUCAGUUAUGAUUAUUAAGCUUUUAUUACUUUGUUGAAUAAAUAAUUUUAUUUAAAAAUAUA